UUCCCGCAGAAACGUGCGAACGCACGAUAAAAAAUCCCUGCUUUUUUCCAGCCUUUUUUUUAUCCCCCCCUUCCGCUCCGCGGCGCCGGCCGCGGGCGAAACCAACGACGCCAACCAAACCGGCGAACCGCCUCCUCCUCUCCUUUCCUCUCCCCUCCCCGCGCCUCCCUCCCUCCUUCACGCAGGCCGUGCUCGCGUCCCUUUCGCCGCUCGCCCGACUCGUUCCCGCUACCACUCCCCGCCGCUUCAGCUGCCGACUCAACCGGGCGCGCCGUUUCGCGGGGGCGGCAACCUGCGCCUCCCGGGUCGCUCCGCGGGUCCCGUUCGCGCGCGCUGGGGUUCCGGCCCCGGCCCGCUCCUCGUGGAACGAGUCCUGCUGCGGGGAGAGGGCGCCCGUUCCCGCGCGUUCCGGAGGUAGGGGCUUGAGGGAGGAGAGGCCCCCGGCGGCCGUCCAUGGCGGAGAGGCGGCCGAUCUACAGGGAGACCGGCAAGCCCCGGAGGCCGCCACGCUCUCACGGUGGGGGAAAUUUCUCAGUUCCACUGUGGGAGAAGAAAUUUUGCACCGACGCAUGCGCCAUCCCCUGGGGUAAACUGUGUGAGACCAAGAGAUUGAUGUCUCUGUACAAAAAUGUUGUGGAUUGGGAGGACUCAGCUGCAUUAGAAGCCUUCAAUGAUGCAAAGGCGCGCUUCUGUGCUGUAUAUCAUGGUCAACAUUCUGAUAUCCCUUUGCCUGACCCAGACAUGUAUAUCGAUACAGUUAACCCAGAUGAACAUGUUGAUCCUGAAUUGGUGGCUGAUCUGGAGAAGUCACGUCGUCGUGUCCCCAGAAAAGAUAACAGUAUUCCUGAUGUCUGGGACUCCUUUAUUUUCUCAGACAAGCCAGUUCCAGUUACAGGAUGGGGUGACACAGAGACAAGCAAUACUGCCGGCCAGCAACACUCUGUGAACUGGGACAGUCAUUUGGAACAGCCUGAAGCAGAUUGUAAGCAAAUCUCGGGAAAUUGGGACUGUUAUGUCGAGCAGCCCGCUCAAACAUUUCUUCAGCAAAGCACAGGCAAUUGGGACGUGUAUGAGGCACUGCAAGAUCAAACCAGCAGCUGGAGGGAGCAGACCAAUCCCUGCAUCGCCAACUGGAACAUGAGAGAUAGCUCCCAGGAUACAUGGAAACAUGAUUACGGCUGGGGUUCUGCAGCCACUCAGACCGAUCCAUGGGACAACCAUCAAGACAGCCACGGCGUGCCUGACAGCCAUGGCAUGUCAUAUGGACACUGGACUCACUGGAGAAGGCGGAACAAUGAGUCAGGCAGAAGGAGCAGCAAGAAUAGGGAUAGAGGAGGCCCCAUCAGUGCUAAGCCAAUGAAAUCAAAGUACCAGGCGGAUGAGCACAGUGGUGUGAACAAUAGCUGGAGGCACUGCCGAGUAAGAAAUGACAUGCACUAUUACUCCUAUGAGCAAGCUGGUUAUGCUAAGCAGUCACUAGCUAUGUAAUUAAGAAGCUAUUGAGAGAAGAUACCGAGAUCUCCUCUCUGCCGGGCACUUCUGUCUUUGGAGGUGUCAUUUGUUUUGCACCAGCAGUGGUAAUGGUGGACAUCUUCGGAUAAGGUAGACUGGUAGAGUAGAGCUAGCAGAUCAUCCUGCAGGUUACGUCCCCUCCUUGAAGCUGCUGUAGAUAGUUCUGACUACCAGCCUAGUGACAGUUUUGUUGAGCUUCAUUGGCGCCCGUCUUGUGUGUGCGUGUGUAUAUACAUGUCGACUGUCGAGCCCCCUAGUUUUUGUUUACUAGCUGUAUUGCAGCUUCAGCGUUACUGUAAUGAGAAAUGAGGACGGUGCCUGUUUAAUUUGUGUCUUCGGAGGAGGUAUGAACAAAUGUCCUGACUGAUUUGUAAGCCGGGAUGCUCUGUUGCUAAUGGCAGGAAUAAAAGCUUGAUAUCCCGUCUUGUUCAGCUA